AUGUCGUCACAAACGCAUAAUCAUGCGGCGCAGACCAAGCAGCAGAGCAUGUUCAUGUUUGUUCAGAUCUCCCACCCGAGCGAAUCCGCUGCGUGGAAAAAGAAAGUCAGAUCUCAUGCAGCACGAAACCCACAUGCCCGACGGGAAAGGGUUAGCUCCUACCAGUCGGCUCAAGAGGACGAUGGGCUGCCCAGUCCACGUUCUGAUAGUCGACCCCAACAAACUGUCAAGUCGUCUCCUCGAUCAAUAUCAUCGGCGGGUCGCUUGGAAGUCGCCCGAAGGGGGAAACGAGGCGAGUCCAAGACGCGACCCAGCCCCCUGACCGUUUUGAGCGCGGCAGAAUUGGACCCAUUUAACAGCUCAGUUAGACCACUCUCUGUAUUUGAGCAAAAUCUUGUUCACUUGUUCAAGGAGGAAGUCGUAUUAAAGCGUAUAACCCAAAUACCUGGCAUGGUGCUUCAUAUAUCUCCCUCAAAAGCAAAGACUUUCUGGACGGCCAUAUCCCACCACUGGAUGCAUGCCGCAGUUACAGAUGAAGGGAUGCUGGCCAGCAUUUUUCUCUUUACAUGUCGGCAUAUUUACGUGAAAAUGGGCGCCACAUACCCUGAUAUACUCAAACAACACGCAGAAAUUUACAAGGUCGCUCUUAUAGAGAACCUUUGGAAGACAAUGGAAAAGGAGAUGAGGGAUGGAGUGAUUAAUGAUGACACGAUAACGAAGACGCUGACCUUAGUAUCUGAUGCGAACUUGUUGAAUAAUUACGAAGAUGCAAUGACGCAUACAAUAGCAGCAGCAGACCUUAUCAAAUUACGAGACGGGACCAGAGAUUCGCAAAAGCCUGAGAGGGACCCUUCCCUUGGAGAUAUUCGGAUAUUAUUUUCGGAAAAUGAUAAAGUAGAUAAUGUGCUAGGCGCUGUAAGCUUUGAGGGUUCGUCGGAGGCUAGUCCGACGCCAGAAGUAAAGCAGGGCAGCCUCAAGCAGAAGCAGAAGCAGUUGGUCUUCCGACUCGGGCGAGUCGGCUAA